CUCACACUAUUUCUAGGUCCCUGAGUUUAAGGCAAAUCAUAAACAAAUCCCAACAGGGCAAUUCUGGCAUGGUAAAUAUAACGGAACACAUACUUGCUAAAAGGCAAUCAAUAAUAUAUGGCGUAAAAAGAGGAAAAAUACCAACUGCUCUCCGUCCUAGAGUACUUCCACAAAGAAGAGAGGCUGGCAAACCAACCUGCUUGGACCAAAUGUCAAAAUUGUUUAAUUGUUGGAAUUCCACAUCGUUUGAUGACAAAGCAUGUGAUAAUGAAAUAAAAUCAUUUUUACUAUGUGCAAACGAAUCUCUUGAAAACUACCACAAGUCUGGAAAAGGAAAGAAGACAGAGUGGAACACAGAGAAACUUAAUGAACUUGUAGCAAAAUAUACAGUUGUAAAUAAACGAGGGAUGAGGGAGAAACAAGUGUUCCUUAACCAAAUUAUUAAAUAGCGUCAUAUUGUAAUUUAUAUACUAUUUCAUUUGCAUGUAAAUAUAAAUGUAUCUUCUUUUGAA